UUAUUGAAUUAAUGAUAACUUUGAUUUAUCAUCGAGCGUGUGACGAAUCUGUUCCUCUGUAAACUGAAGUUUAACUUUACUUUAGUCAGUCAUUGCGACCAUUGGAGGGCACAAUACCAACCAUCCUAUGACGAUUAUUUCUUUACAAGUAACCCCCACUCAAAAAUACCUUGACGAACACUAAAUUUUCUCUUGACAAUGUUUAGGGAAGACAUUAAAAAAAAAAUAAGAAUUAAAAGUCCACGCCAGCGUCCACAAGCGAUGUGAUCACGUGAUCUGCGGUAGACAAGGGACUUAUCUUGACGUGAUUUGUGCUCUUCGGAAUGUCCUCGUCUUUGGCCGGAAGACUUUGCAUGGUGAUGAUGAAGCGGUAAAACAAGUCUGCGGGAAUGCCGGGCGCAGAGUACGGGGAGCUCGGGGGCAGCCUCCCAGCCAUCGCCUCUCUCAACGCCUCCUACUCCACAACGCUGUCCCUCCCGUCCCCGUACAUGCUGCUGCCGCCCGCUGAGCGCAAGGCCAUCUCGGACGUGCGCCGCACCUUCUGCCUCUUUGUGACCUUUGACCUGCUCUUCAUCUCCCUCCUGUGGAUCAUUGAGCUCAAUAUAUCCAGCACCAUCUGGGACAGCCUAGAAAAGGAGGUCAUCCGCUACCACUUUAGGUCGUCCUUCUUCGACAUCUUUCUGCUGGCUCUGUUCCGGUUCCUGUGCCUGCAGGUGGGCUAUGCCGUCUUUCGCCUGAAGCACUGGUGGGUCAUCGCGGUCACCACCCUCGUGACCAGCGUCUUCCUCGUGGUGAAGGUCAUUAUUUCUAACCUGCUGUCCCAGAAUGCAUUUGGCUACGUGCUGCCCAUCACCUCGUUUGUGGUGGCUUGGCUGGAGACCUGGUUUCUGGACUUCAAGGUGCUCACCCAGGAGGCAGAUGAUGAUAGAGCCUACCUGGCAGCCGUGAACGCAGCCUGCGAGCGCGCCCCAAUGAUGUACCCUCGCGCCUUGUCGGACGGACAGUUCUACUCGCCGCCCGAAUCGGUUGCAGGCUCCGAGGAAGAUCUCGACGAGGAGGGCCUCGGCCGGCGUGCGGUCACCGCUCAGGAGAAGGAGUAUGUGGGACAAGGACGCGAGGCUCUUACCAUCGUCGAGCAGAUCCUCGCUCAGGAGGACAACUGGAAGUUUGAAAAGAACAACGAUGCGGGCGACUCUGUCUACACGCUGGAGAUUCCAUUCCACGGCAAGACGUUCAUCCUCAAGGCCCUAAUGCAGUGUUCCGCUGAGCUGGUGUACCAGGAAGUCAUCCUGCAGCCUGAGAAGAUGGUCAUGUGGAACAGAACUGUGUCAGUCUGCCAGAUCUUGCAGCGGGUGGACGAUAACACGCUGGUGACUUAUGACGUCUCGGCCGGGGCGGCCGGAGGAGUCGUGUCCGCCCGAGACUUUGUCAACGUCAGACGGGUGGAGCGUAAACGCGACUGCUACCUGUCUGCUGGCAUGGCGACCGACCACGACGCCAAGCCUCCCGGCGGCCGCUACGUCAGGGGGGAGAAUGGGCCUGGGGGAUUUGUGGUCCUCAAAUCCAGCAGCAACCCGUCCGUGUGCACCUUCAUCUGGAUCCUCAACACUGACUUGAAGGGUCGACUACCCCGCUACCUCAUCCACCAGAGUCUCGCCGCCACCAUGUUCGAGUUCAUGUCACACCUCCGCCAACGCAUCGCUGACCUGCGUCCCACCGUGCGCUGCAAGCACCAGCGCUAACACUUAUGAUGGCAGAGUGCCCGCCCCUGGAUACAAGGUGUAACUCAAAAAGUACACAGAAGGCUGUUUUCUCCAAGGAGACACGUGAGAACACACAUUGCCGUCCUGGCCGUCCUCCUCCUGCUCCUCCUCCUUGCUUGAUACAAAAAGACUUUUUCUCUGAGCCUUAUCUUCUUUUUGCACACAUGCUUAAUUUUUUACAAUUUUUUUUAUUCACUUCAUGUGGUGCUUCCGCUCUUUUUGCUGACAACAAAACAGCCGACACUUGUACACUGAGUUUUCCACUCAGCCACAAGAGGGAGACACCACCAAAAUGUGCUUAGCUCCUUGCCCAGGAUGCAAAAAAAAAAAAGACUGCCUGUGUAAUUUCUGGUUGAAGAAGUUGUAAGAAAUGUCUGCUAUUAUAUGUAAGAGCCUGAGGCCACAUAACAAAAUGUUUAAGUGAUGACUGUAAAGGUGCUAAAGUUGCAUCUUGAUUGUUUUUUUUUUUUUUGGGCCAAUCAGGAGCGAGGAUUCUUAGAUGCUCGCAAAUGUCGCCGAGCACCCAAACGGCGUCAGGUGGCCUUGUAGCGAGCUCGUUAUUUCUUUCAGUAGCUCUCUUCCUCGUUGGAGGUCGGGAGAGGCGAUCAUGUGAUGAGCCUUGCAAAAGAGAACAGUUUGUUCUUCUCCCAUGCAGACAUGUGAGUGUGGAGAAAUGUCAAAUGAAAGAAACGAGCCGUAUCAACAUUUUUUUUUGGUGCCUUUAUUGCCGCUGCAUUUUUUAUUUUUGUUUUUUGUGCGUUUUCUUUUAACACACACACACACUGUUCAAUGCGCUUUUUAAUACGGUCACACGCAUCACACUGUGGCGUUCACGCCUGGUUUACAACAUCAUGUAAAGUCAAACUGACCAACUGUUUGUUUUUUUAUUUUUAGCUAGUGUCUAAUAAAUGGAUUAUUUCACA